GGGGUGUGGACGUAGAAGGUUCCGGCUUUAACCCUGCGCAACUGAUGAGGGGCAACUCAUCUUAUCUGAUCAUCAGAUUAGAUACUUGGCGCAAAAAAAGCCGCUAGAAAAAAACUUGGUCUCGCGCCGGCCUGGGCUUGAUGGAUCAAGCGCAGGGUUAAGGCGAUGAAAUGGCACAGUAGUACUGACGCGAUGAAGUAAUGCAAGUGGCCACAAAAGGUGCGUGGAUGGCGUAGGAACUGAACAGAAGCUCCGUCAGGACGGAACCAUCCCCAGGGUCCCGGUUCUUUGUCGCUCGAGACCGUGCCCUUGGAAACAUGGGUGAGGGAAGACACAAGGUUGCAGUUGACCAAUUUGACACGAGCGUAGAAGCUCGAUCAAGAAUCCUGGAUGAUCAGUCCACCAAACUUCGGACGACUUCGCCAAUGGAUGACGGCGAGCGAUGAUGCAACUGGCGAUGUCUAGUGUGAGACGGCGUCCAUCUGGACACCACCAAAAACUCAUAAAAAUUGCCGCACCAGUUCGGCCCUGGUACAAUUCCGCAUUGUUUGGCUCCUUAUACACGCACUUGAUUCCGUAAUUGGCGUCAACCCCAUCCAGGAGCAUGGGCCUGAACGGAGUACGGCACUGAUGGUGGGGCAGGACAUCAUGGUGGGUUAAUACGGACGGAAGUACACGUUGAUAGCGUCUGUUUGAGCUUGAGCAUGCAUAUUAUUGCAAGGGAGAACCCUUGAUCGGCAUCCACUGCUGUUUUUUCUCGAGGACUGCUUUCUUUACAGACCUCGUCGUGUUUCUCCGAAGUUCCCAAGUGAUUUUUCAGUUCCAAACUUCAUCCACACUCAUCAUGGCGACCGAAGCGACGAAUAUACCUUCCGCGCCGUCGCGGCAACAACAGAAGCUCUCUGUCCUUGAGGGCCCUGUCGAUCCUCCAUUGGUUGAUUUGACGUUGGGUGAGCUUCUUGAGCUUCAGACAUACCAGCAUGGCAACCAAGAAUGUCUGGUGAUUCCCUGGACAGGCGCCCGCUGGACAUACAAUGAGCUCAGCCAACAAAGCUCAUCUCUGGCGCAAUCGUUAUUGGACAUGGGCAUUGGAGUUGGCGAUCGUGUUGCCAUCAUGGCAGGUAACUGUGAACAAUAUGCGGCUGUCUUCUUCGCGGUGGCUAAAAUCGGUGCUAUCCUUGUCAUCCUGAAUAACACAUACACACCAACUGAAGCGAUGUAUGGGUUGAAGUUUUCUGACAGCAAGAUUUUCUUCACAACGCCAAGAAUCGGACGGCUUGACCAGACGCAGCUGCUACAGCAGCUUGAGAAUAAGAAGACAGCCCCCAUGGUCGUAAUGCUGAGAGGAGACGAGUCUGGUAAACACCAGACCUAUGACGAAUUGGUGAAUGCUGGUCGCAGGCGAAACCACCAAAGACUGUAUCAAGCCAUGACCAAGGUGCUUCCUCAUCAAGUGGUCAACCUUCAAUUCACAAGCGGAACGACCGGAUUGCCCAAAGCUGCGAUGCUCACCCACCACAACCUGGUAAAUAAUUCACGCUUUAUUGGGGAUCGCAUGCGGCUUGGUCCUGCGGAUAUUUUGUGCUGCCCUCCACCGCUGUUCCAUUGCUUUGGCUUGGUGCUCGGUCUUCUUGCUGUUGUCACUCACGGCGGUAAAAUCGUGUAUCCGGCGGAGGUUUUCGAUAUUGACGCAACGCUCAAGGCUAUUUCUGAUGAACAAUGCACUGCCGUUCACGGUGUUCCAGCAAUGUUUGAUUCGCUCUUUCAGGCAAAGUGGCCCGAGAACUUCAACUGCGACAACCUGCGUACUGGUAUCAUCGCUGGUGCACCCGUUCCUCGAUACCUUAUGGAGCUCCUGGUAAACCGUUUCGGAAUGACAGAGUUCACCAGCAGUUACGGCUUGACGGAGGCUUCCCCAACGUGCUUCAAUGCCUUCACUGACGAUUCCAUCGAUACACGAUUGACGACUGUCGGUACUUUGAUGCCUCAUGCAAAGGCCAAGAUUGUGGACCGUGAUGGCAACAUUGUACCUGUCGGUGAGCGUGGUGAACUCUGCAUUGGCGGUUACCAGCUACAGGCUGGUUACUGGAACAACUCAGAGAAGACCAACGAGACUAUGAUCCGCGACGCUGCUGGCGUCCUCUGGCUGCAUACCGGCGAUGAAGCUGUUUUUGACGAAAAUGGGUACUGUUCGAUUACUGGGCGCUUUAAGGAUAUCAUCAUCAGAGGUGAGUUAAGAACAUCAGUCUUGGCAGUACGGAAUGAUUGACUGACCCCGCUUCAACAGGUGGAGAGAACAUUUACCCGCUUGAAAUUGAGGAGCGUCUGAUGGAUCAUCCUGCUAUAACACGUGCUAUUGUCGUCGGCCUCAAGAAUAAGCAUUAUGGUGAAGUCGUAGGCGCGUUUGUUGAGUUGGCUGAAGGCCACCAAAAGCCCCAAUUCGAGGAGAUCAAGGACUGGUGUCGCAAGAGGCUUGGUGGUCAUAAAUCGCCUGCCCACGUCUUCUGGCUGGGUGAUGGCGAUGUUCCGGCAACGGUCCCUCUGACAGGAAGUGGUAAAGUGCGUAAGUUUGAGAUGGCCAAGCUGGGCGAUGAGCUUCUCCGAAAGCAGGAAGUAACUGCGAAGCUGUAGUGUGGAGUGGAGUGGACAGGACUGAUUGAGUUCAAGCGAUGGAUUAGAUAUGCAUAUUUUGAAGCGUGAUGCGAUUAUUAACUUGAAUUUUGGAAGAUAAAAGUUUAGAACCGAGAGAAAAUUGAGGAAAGGCUAUUAUAGAUACAAAUGGAAAGUAGCUGGUCAGACACCCAACACCUGCCGUUUUGUUUCUUGGCAGUCCCUCGUAUGCACGCAAAAAUCCAACCUUACAAGCUGGAAAGUCACGAGUGAGACACGGCUCUUUCUAUCACAAGCAUAAUUUGAGGAUAUCUAAAAACCUGUG